UGGUGAUUCGCUUUCUUUUUUUUAAUAGGCACAUGUAUCCUUUGUUGAUUAGAUAAGAAGUAUUUUAUGGCAUUACAUGGGGGGAGUUGUAACGUCUUUAGAGGGCACAGUUACCGAAUCAAUGUAUAUGACAAAGGGACAUAACCAGGCUUGUUGUCGACAGGUAGCAAUGAAGCUCAACGUCCUGCGAGGAGUGGGAAUCACGUUUGGAGCAAUUAUUCCACUCAUCAUGUAUAUUGUCUAUAUGAAACAGGCAGUGAGUUCCACUUCCAAUACAAAAAGUCUUCACCAAAAAGAGACUGCCAAGGAUCAGAAUACUGUGCUGAUGACGAGACUGGAGAGAAUUGAAAAGAACAUCAACAAACUAUCUGAAUUAAUAGAAUCUAAAUAUCAGGAGGACCCCCCAACAAGGGACAAAGUUGUGGUAACAGAGGCAAAGAAGAUGGUGGUGCCCAAGUUGUAUCCCAACUCCUACCUGUUAACAAAGUGGGGUGAUGACCUCUCAGAGGAGGAGCAGAGAGAGGCCGAGGCCCUGUUCCAGAGAUAUGGAUACAACGUCUUCUUGAGUGACCAACUGCCACUCAACAGAGAGCUGCCAGAUACACGAGACAACAGAUGUUUGCAGAAGACAUACCCCAAGGACCUUCCUAGUAUUGCUGUGGUAUUGAUCUACCUGGACGAGGCUCUGUCUGUCAUUAAGAGGGCAAUCUGCAGCAUCAUCAACCGAACCCCUGAACACCUGCUGAGAGAAAUCAUUCUGGUGGACGACCACAGCUCCAAUGAAGACCUGGGAGAAAAGCUAGCUGCCUACAUAAAGCUCAUCCACAAGGAAAGGCCGGGCCUUAUAAAAAGGGUGAGACACAAGCAGCAGAUGGGACUGACUCAAGCCCGCAUCUCAGGGUGGGAGCACGCCACCGCCGAUACAGUGGCCAUUCUGGAUGCUCACAUUGAAGUCAACGUGGGGUGGGCAGAGCCACUGCUGGCCAGGAUCAAAGCAGACAGGACCACUGUGGUGACUCCGGUGUUUGACAAGGUCGGUUUUGAUGACCUGCAGGUGGAGCAUUACUGGGCCAAUGCACACGGUUUUGACUGGCCCCUGUGGUGCAUGUACGAGUCCUUCAGACCAGAGUGGAACGAGCUCCAUGAUGAAUCACAACCAGGGAAGAGUCCUUCUGUCAUGGGUAUUUUUGUGGCACAUCGACUUUUCCUUGGAGAGAUUGGGGUACUUGAUGGUGGAAUGAAAAUCUAUGGAGGAGAGAAUGUUGAGCUGGGGAUCAGGGUGUGGCUGUGUGGAGGAAGCAUAGAGGUAGUGCCUUGUUCUAAGAUCGCACACAUUGAGAGGGCACACAAACCUUACGCACCUGACCUGAGUUACAUCAUGAGAAGGAAUGCACUGAGGGUAGCUGCGAUCUGGAUGGAUGACUACAAAAGUAAUGUGAACAUUGCUUGGAAUCUUCCGUUGAAGGAUCAUGGGAUUGAUAUCGGUGAUGUGUCAGAGAGGAAGAAGCUCAGAGAAAAGCUUGAAUGUAAGCCCUUCAAGUGGUACCUGGAUAAUGUGUAUCCUACACUAGCCACCUGGGAGGAGCUAGUGGCCUAUGGAGGACUGCAGAAUGACCUCCUGCAGAGCCAUUGUAUUGAUGAGGGGACUGUCCCUGGGAAUAUACCCCUUCUUUAUGGAUGUCAUUUCUAUCAACCACAGCAAUGUUAUUACAACACUGAUGGGGAGAUCUACGUGGGUGGCAUUAAGUCUCACAAGUACAACAACAACCGGUGUCUAGUGGAUCCUGGCACUGGAAAUACACCAACGCUGCAUGAUUGUAAACUGGCAACGGAGAGGGGACUACACAAGCACUGGGACUUCCAACAGGGUCAAGCCAUCAGGAACACACACACAAAUAGGUGUCUUGAGAUUGCCCAGGGACAAAACUCAUACUAUAUGCUGGUCAUCCAACAAUGCACUGGGCAAAACUGGAGAAUUCAACAUGUCAUAAGAGAGUUCUAAAACACCGCCAUGGACAAGUUGUUGGGGUCACAUUCCUGAAAUUCUAGAUUUGACAUUUGUGUUAUCUAUCAUAACUGUUUCAAACAAUAUCUUGCUAAAAGAAAAUACAAAAUUGAUUGACAACAAACAUCCAAUGUAGACUAUUGCAUUAUUCUCUUUCUCUUGAAAAACAUGACACAAACAGACAGAAUAAAAGAUUGCAUUGUAAAAUAA